CAGCUGUCGCGUCCGGUCACAUGCCUCUCUUUACAAUAAAGAUACAUUUUAUCAUUACAAGUAACUUCCUUGUUUAUGUUUGUAAUCAAAACUGAGGAUUUAAAACAUAAGAAAUACAUGGAUUUCAUACCGUACAGGCGGUUAUACCGUGUGAUGAGAGAUGAUGAAAACCGAAUGCAUGGUAUACAAGCUAAAGAUCCAUGGUCAACUCAUUCGGUUGAGGAGCAUGUUGGUAACUGGAAGCUUUGGACAAUGUUUAUUUCAACGUCAGCCUCCAAACUGAAAGCAGAAAAGUUUGCAAAGUAUGCAAAAGACUAUCACCCAGGAUCUAAAAGAAUUGCCGUUAUUGAUGUAGCCCGACUUGGCAAUCGUGUUUUAUAUGUUGAUCUUACUGACAAACAUGUUCGGGACGUAUUGAUACCUAACAAUAAACAUGUGAAUAAAUGGGCUGAUUACCAAAGAGAAGUUUUGGUUAUAGGAUAUAUUCCUAAACAGUGUAUACUGGAAACAUAUAUAAUUUAAUGAACAUCAGGUGUUGUUGUGCUGACUGUUGUUAAGAUGAUUGCUUUAACACGACUAUUUUUUGGAUGUUAUAAUAACCAAAGAAAGGGACUUCUAGUAUUUCUUGAUUAUUACAAUUUAUACUUACCGUUUUCGAGUCAUUUUCCUCAUUCUUAUCAGUUCUUGUGUCAUUUGUCGAAACAUUAAAAUUUUCAUUUCUUUUUAGUAAGGCUUUUUUCAAAUGAUAAAAAACCUCAGCUACAUAAAAUAUCAAUAGCAAUAUGUUUUGGGUUAUAUGUAUGUUCAGAAAUAUAUGUUUUAUAUACUUUUGAUUUUAAUGAAUGUUUAUUUACGUUAAUUAUAAGAACCAUUACGAAGCCGUAUAUAUGUUGAUAAUUAUAUUUGUUUUUGUCUCAAAGACAAUAGAUGGGUCUGUAGACCAAACUUAAAAUGUACAAAGAAAACCUCUGGUUAAUGUUUUAGCAUAUGACAAUUGAAUUUGUUUAACAAUGGUUUUUCUAAAACUAUUAAAAAUAUUUACGAUAAAAUAUUUAUGCAUAAAACCAUUUGUUCGUAAAUAAAUGAAUUCUUCCAAAACUUCAAGAUCAUUUUAUAGCAGGACAACAUCACAACUUUUCACAGUUGAAACAAGAAAUAUCUUUUAAAAAAUGCUUGGCCGAAAGAAAACUUGCAUAAGUUAUUUCUAAAUUUUCGAUACAUAUAAAAUGUUAGCAAUGCUUGCAUAACAACGACAUAAAAAUUCCUGUAGCUAAGAAAAAAACAACAUUAUGUAAACAUAGAAAUUGAAUUAUAAGCAUAUUGAUAUUGAUGUCUCUUCAGAUGAGGACAAGUUUUGUUUUACAGUAUAUAUUAAGUUGUGUUCCUAUUAUUUUUGUUUUCGUUUUAUUUUAUAAACUUUCU